CGGGAAGAGGCGCCACCCGUCUUGUCCCCACCAGUCAAAUCUCUCCGCUGGCUUAAAUUACACCCGGAAAAACGCCGAAGAACCCUUCAAAACACCGAAGGGAACACCGAACUAAACGCCGGUCAUCCCCAAAACACGUGCGGCCCGCUAGUCUGACGCUGACCGCACCAGCAAACUCUCAACAGCUGACUGCUUACUCUCCAACCUAUUCUCAAUUUUCCCUCAUCAGUCCAGGGACACCUAUUCCUUUUCCAUCCCUACUUCUUCGUGUCACCAGCACCGCAAUGGCUGUGACUUCCGCUUCUCAAAGUAAGGCUGAGGGCCUUGGCCUUUAUGCGCGGUUCGCCUUUGCCGGUGCCGUCUGCUGCUCGGUGACUCACGGUGCCUUCACUCCCGUUGAUGUUGUCAAGACCAGGAUCCAGCUCGACCCAGCGACCUACAACCGUGGUAUGAUUGGUGGUUUCCGGCAGGUGAUCCAGAAUGAAGGCGCAGGUGCGCUUUUGACCGGGUUUGGCCCAACCUUUGCCGGCUACUUCAUGCAGGGCGCCUUCAAGUUCGGUGGUUAUGAGUUCUUCAAGCAGCAAUCCAUCAACACCAUCGGUCUGGAAAAGGCCCGUCAGAACCGUAUUGCGGUUUAUUCGGUCUCCGCCGCUUGUGCAGAGUUCUUUGCCUCGAUCGCUCUCUGCCCGCUCGAGGCUACACGUAUCCGUCUCGUCUCGGAGGCGGGCUUCGCCAGUGGCCUCGUUAGCGGGUUUGGCAAGAUUCUCAAGAACGAGGGCAUUGGUGCUUUCUACCGUGGUUUCGGUCCUAUUCUUCUGAAACAGGUGCCCUACACCGUGACGAAAUUUGUGGCGUUCGAGAAGGUUUCCGAGGCUGUUUUCGCACGCCUGGACAAGUCCAAGCUGUCGAGUGGCGCCCAGACGGGUGUGAACUUGGGAUCGGGUCUCAUGGCCGGUUUCGCGGCGGCCAUCGUCUCUCAGCCCGCUGAUACCAUGCUGUCGAAAAUCAACAAGACCAAGGGUCUCCCUGGGGAGAGCACUGUCUCCCGUCUUGUCAAGAUCGCGGCCGAGCUUGGCAUUCGUGGUUCCUUCGCCGGUCUUCCCACUCGUCUGUUCAUGAUCGGUGGUCUUACUGCUGGGCAAUUUGCUAUCUACGGUGACAUUAAGAAGGCUCUUGGUGCGACGAACGGUGUGGAGAUUGCCAAGUAA